AUGCGGGGAGUGAAUUUAGGGGGAUGGUUAGUCUUGGAGCCCUUUAUCACGCCUUCCCUCUUCAAUCCAUACAUCUCUGCUGGGGUAGUAGAUGAGUGGACGCUUUGUGCACACUUGGGGCCCGAGAGGGCCAAGGCAUUGCUCGAGAGCCACUAUGCUUCCUGGGUCAGCGAAGACACGUUCAAACAACUUAAGGAUCUGGGACUGAACCACGUGCGUAUUCCUAUCGGGUUUUGGGCCAUGGGCAACCUCACCGCGGAUGAACCUUAUGUGCCUAAUGUUUCCUGGAAAUAUUUGCUUCGCGGCAUUGAAUGGGCUCGCAAGUAUGGUAUUCGCGUCAUGGUUGAGCUACAUGCUGCGCCAGGGUCCCAAAAUGGCUGGAACCAUUCUGGACGAUCCGGACAGAUCAAUUGGCUUAAUGGAACCAUGGGCACGGGGAAUGCUCAGAGGACCCUACUCUACCUUCAGCAGAUGGCGACGUUCUUUUCUAGCCCAGAUUAUGUUCAUGUUAGUCCAAUCAUGGGCUUACUGAACGAGCCUGCAGCCUAUCUUAUUGGCGCCGAGAAGGUGAUGGAGUGGUACAAGCAAGCCUUUGCAACAGUCAGAGAGGUAACAGGCACUGGAAAAGGGCCAUGGGCCAUCAUCCAUGAUGGCUUUGUAGGCCUUCAAGCCUGGAGCGGCUUCAUGAAAGGAUCUGACCGUUUGAUGAUCGAUGCUCAUCAAUAUAUCAUGUUUGACCAAAACUUGAUAAUGAUGAAUCAGUCUGCUCAACUCAAAUUCGCGUGCGAGAAUUGGGGUUCUGAUUCAACCAAGAGCACCAAAGACUUUGGUCCGACCAUGGUUGGCGAGUUUUCGGUAGCUGUCAACGACUGCGCGACGUACCUCAACGGUAUUGGUAUGGGUUACCGUUGGGAUGGUACUUUUCCAGGAUCCAAACCCAAAUCCCCCACCAGCACCUGCACGGACGAGAAUGAUGCCUCAAAGUACUCUGAAGAGUAUAAGCAAUUCUUAGCCGACUACUUCAGCGCACAACUAGAUGCGUUUGAACAGGGAGCCGGUUGGUUCUACUGGAAUUUCAAGACAGAGACUAACCCACUCUGGUCAUACUUUGAUGGCGUCAAGUACGGAUGGAUCCCCAAGGACGCGAACAAUCGUGGGCCAAGCUAUUGCGCUCGGAAUGGGAUUCUCACCAAUCAGACAAUAUAUACGUAG